AUGGCAUCCAGGCAAGGAUCAGCAAAGCGUGGGCUUUUUAGGGCAACUACUUCCUCUUUCUAUUUGCCGAACGACAGGGGUAUUUCGGUAGGCAAAGAUGCUGAGCGGGAGAGGGCAGUUGACAGCGAGAACGGCAAUCGACUACGAGGGAGAUCAGUUGACAGCAACAGAGGGUAA